ACGGGCUUCUGAACUCUGACCCCGUAAUCCCGGCGUAUUCCAUAUUAUCGUCUGCACCGAAGGAAGGCUCACGCAGUCUCGGAGAAUGUUGAAACGUCUGACGCGGCGGUGGCGGGUUUUCUGGGUUCUAUCUCCUGUCUUCGCGCUGACAGAAUUGCCAGCAGCGCGAGUUUCUAUCAGCGGUGGACUUGUUCCCGGAUUGAUUCCCGGUUUGGCCUGAGAUACAGUCGCGGUGGUUUCUCAGACGCGCUGUUAUAAGUUGCCCGCCGUUUCGUGUGUGUGUGUGCACCGGUAGACAGGCAGCGGGCACUGCGGAGAAACGUUAGACUUUUGCCUGGGUCUUUCACAAGCCGUGAGACGUGACUUCCUCGGCUGCCAGCCAAGACUUGGCCGCCACGGGGACAAGAAACAACAACCCCGGAGCCAGCCGCGUCCUCGAACGGCGUAAAACGUUUUGUGUAUGGCCUGUUUUUAUGGCAAACUGAACCAGGUUCAACUGGGAGACUCUGCGAUGUCGGUGUACUCAUUGUUCGUCUUGGUGUCGCUGCUAGGAAAGCCCUUCGGCUACUCACACUUCGACACGAGAUCCAGGUUAGACAGAUACCUGGCCGGAGUCGGCAGCACAGAGGACCUGCUCAGGCUGUACUACCCGGAGGACUGGCGGAAAAUCAUGUGCCACAUGCGGGGCGGCGGGGAGCGCUACCAGUCCGACUACCAGUCCGACUACAGCGAGGACGGGUCCGGCAUGGGGCGGUCCGCGGCGGCCGCCACCAUGGACCUCAUGGACAUUGUGAAUAAGGUCGAUGAGGAGUGGGAGAAGGCGUUCUGUAAGCCCCGAGAGACGGCCGUGGACGCCGCCACGGAGCUGCAGGCACCCACCGACGUCACGUACCGUCCCAGCUGCGUGUCGGUGUUCCGCUGCGGGGGCUGCUGCAACGACGAGAGAUACGAGUGCAUCGCCUCGGAGAAGAACAUGGUCUCCAAAACGAUAUUUGAAGUGGGCCUGCGCGGCCCGUACCCGGUGACGAGGCCGUUUGAGAACCACACCCGGUGCGAGUGUCGCGCCAAGCUGGGCGCCAGGACAUCCUUCCUCUACCAGCGGAUGAACUACAAGAGAGCCGUGUCACCGCAUAUAAACACCAGAUGUUACGCACCCAACAAAACAUGCGGACCGUACGAAAAAUGGGACGACAGAGACUGCGCAUGCGUGCGCGCCGUCACCAUCAUAGAUGACGACGACCACUGCGGACCGCUGAAGGAGUGGAGGGAGGACGAGUGCGCAUGCGUGUGCAAGAGGCCGUGCCCCCAGCGGUUUAUAGAGGACCUGCAGACGUGUGAGUGCAGAUGCCCGCCGUACUACCAGACACGGUGUCAGAAAAAAGGACAGAAACUACACUGGGGCACAUGCAAGUGUGUCCCGAAGGACUGUCAUUACGUCAUGGCGUGUCCAGCGGGCACUGUGUACAGCACGGACGUCUGCGCAUGCGUCAUGCUUGCGGGCGGAUGAUUUGACUGGAGAGAGACAGACCCUAAAAACAAAACAGAAACUUUUGACCGAUCGAGAACACCUCACCGUGGUUCGAUGCCUUAGAAAUCUGUCAUGUUGUUGAAAGACAAUCUUUAUAUUUGCCUUCCAAUGCAAUAGAUAUAGGUACACGUAUUAGGAAAAUGGUUCAUCCAUGGCCAUAUGUGACAACUACAUAUGUUCAAGAAAAGUAGCCCCGAGGACACAGCAACGUUUUAAGUUGCGAUGUGCUUUAUAUUAGGAAAGGUCAUGGGACGUUGGACGAACCCCUUGGCACCGAUUUUCGCUAGCCUGUGUAUCUCCUGCAAUCCGCUAAGGGUCCUCACUGAACAAUACCAUCGCUGAAAAGAGCGGUACACUCCUUGGCGAACUUCACGGCAAGUUUCCGUCAUUGUAAUCCUUGAUAUGAUGAAGGAAAUAUGUAAUUUCUGAACCCUGUGGAAUACUUUGAGUGUAACUGAGUGUCUUCCAUAGCUGGAGAUAAUAAUGGAUACUGCAGGUAAUGCAGGUGUACAUAAGCAAUUCAUAUCUGGUUGAAACUAGUACUUUUCUUGUGGGUGUCAACUUGCAGUGCAUACAAUCAACCAUACUACGUUGUGACAGCUUAGCUCGAAGCUCCGUUGCUUUUAUAUCCACAAGAAAUGCAUUUAGUACAUGUGUUCGAAAAAAAGACAAUCUACCGUUGUUUUCACCCACAUGUUAGUUCAUAGCCUGAAACCCGGUCUUGUUAGCUAUAGCCUAAGUCGGCUGCCAAAAACCCGACAACAAUUUUUGGGAGCGGGCAUAGAGCUAUAUAUAUUGUAACAAGCUAUGCUGGAUUUCAGGCUAGUUACUUCAUUUGCACCUCUGCUCUGUGUACCGAUUCCACUUAUCAGAGGGUAUUUUAGAUUAUUACGUAGUGUAAUAUUGCUGUAAAGAAAAGUUAUGUCUAUGACUGAGGACAUAUUUAAUUGUGUAAUAUGUUACGCUUUAUCUUGCUGUAUAGUGUAAGGAAUUUAAUGUGCAUUUUUAUUGAAGUAAGUUCGGCUUGAGUCGGACUAUUAUCGAGCAAAGGGCGGAAGUUGAAAAGAAAAACUUACUUAUUUUCUUGAAAGUGCAUCGUAUUGUGAAUAUUUUUAUCCACAAUUUUGGUUUGUCAAAGAUCUGUCAGUAUAAAAAUAUUGA